AUGGAGAAUCUACGUAAGGAGUUGAUGAACAUCUUGGAAGCUGCAAGGAGGUGCCAAGACAAUGUCAGCGGUAUUUCAGAGACCAUCGUAGAGCGAAUUAUGGCUUUCAAGAGCUGCAUCGAUCAGUUCUUGAAUAUCCUCCUACGUCACAACAUGGGAAAACCACCUCCCUGGAUGAAUACAUCGCCAUUCCAACCCGCCAAUCUCCAUCAGUGGCUGAAAAAAAUCGAGGCUGAAGCCAUGAAUUUCAAGCAAUUUGUGGAUAUAUUUAAAAAGGCUGAAAUCAAACUUGGGAAGUUUUCAUCCUCACUACCUCGAAAUGGAUCUGGGGCAGUUCUGUUCUUCCUUUACGCAUCCAUUCAUUCAAAGGAUCUGUUCAUUGACAGCUUGAACAAUUUUCUGACGAAGGUUCAGGAUAUAAGAUAUCUGCCACCUCAUGAAUCCUUGACUACAUUGAGCCAGUCCAACGAUCGAUACCAAUGGCAAAUGAAAUCGUCAGAUGGAACAACCAUCAAAGUUUAUUGGACCAAACCUGCCAUCGGAGAAAGCUUCAUCAAAGAGUUCUGUAUCUGGUUCAGAGCUAGCAGAGACCAACCAGAGAAAUGGAAAUGGAUAAAAGCAGCUUCCUCACCAGCCAGAAUUCACGGUCUUCCAGUUGGGGAAACAUAUUCAUUCAAAAUUAGUGCUGUCAGUCGUCUCGGAUGUGGACCCUGUAGUCCAACCGUCCACUUCGACUUCCAUAUUACCCAGCCGCGGGCAGAGAACCUGGACCAACGCUCUCCCGGAAAACCAAUUGGAAAUCCUGAAUGCAAUGAUAGUCGUAUCUCUGUUGUGGCUUUUCCUAAGCAAGAGAAUCGUGCAACAUUUGCGGAGCUUCUGCGGCAAAGUGGUACCUGUAUUCUUCAAGAUAAACCUUCUCUAUAUCAAAUCCAGACGGAGGAACUAUACAGGGAUGAAAAGAGUCGCACAGUAAAGCAGAUGCUACCUUUCAACCUUGUCGAGAACAGGAAGGAGAAGGUCCUAAUUUUGCUCGGGGCCACUGGAGCAGGCAAAAGUACCUUGGUGAACGCUAUUGUUAAUCACUUCUAUGGCGUAGUGUGGGAGGAUCCAUUUCGCCUGGUGUUGAUUUCCGACACCGAAGAUGCAGGGCUAUCCCAAUCCCAGAGUCAGACAUCCUGGAUCACGGCCUACACAUUACCCUGGCAGCAAGGAUGUCGAGCUUCAUAUCACCUGACGAUAGUUGACACACCUGGCUUCGGAGACACAAAGGGAUUAGUGGGAGAUAAAAGCAUCAUGUCUCAGCUGCAGAAGUUCUUCUCUGAGAGACAACCAAAAGGCCUGGAUCAUGUGGAUGGAAUCGGUCUCGUACUUCAAGCAUCUGCCGGAAGAUUGACUCCCACGGAAAAGUACAUCUUCGACUCCGUCCUUUCUACUUUUGGAAAGGAUCGGGAGCACAAUGUGAAAGUCAACCAAUUCAAGGAGGAAACGGAGGAGGAGGAGAAAGAGAAGGAAAGGAGGAAGCCAACCAGCGACUCGACGUACCACAGGAUAAGAUCUACGUUGGUGACGGGAGAGGAAACCUCUGGAUCCUAUAAGGAUCCUUCAAGGAGACUCCGGGAAAAAGGAAGCAGAAAUCAGGAAGAGGACAAAUUGCAGAAAGAGGAGCAGGAGGGAGAGACCCAAAAGGAAAUCCUUAAACAAAGGCUCUUUCAUGCCUUUGCCGAGACCCCAAACUUGCAACUAAAUUUUGAUGAUUUAUGGCGUACUUUGAAAAUCUCACCUGCUGCGCUCCACAAAAUCAUCGAUGAAGAUGACAGGUUCUUCCUUUCAGAUCAGAUAUUUUCACUGGAUACCGGUUUUGAAGAAGCUGCUCAAGCCAUUUGA